GACUGAAUUAUUAUGUUACACAAUAUGCGACCGACGCACCUCCUCCUCUUCCGACACAGCCUAAUGCCCUAACCGACCCACGAGUUACUCUUGGAUAUUAUCGCAAUGGAGUACCUAUCGGAGUUCAGGCUCCAAGCUUUGUCUAUUAUCCUCCGGGAUUUCGUCAGAUCCUAAAUCACAUCAAAGACAACUACAAAAACCCACUUACCUAUGUCACCGAAAACGGAGUUGCUGAUUUUGGAAACUUAACGGUAGCAAAUGCUCUUGCCGAUAACGGACGUAUUCAAAACCAUUGCAGCCAUCUUUCGUGUCUCAAAUGUUCCAUCGAGGAUGGAUGCAACGUAGCAGGGUAUUUUGCAUGGUCAUUGAUGGACAAUUACGAGUUUGGAAAUGGUUACACUCUCCGAUUUG